AUGAAGAAAGCCUCCUCUGAUCCCCCCAAUAUAGACACCAGAGGCUCUGGCGCAGCAGGAUCAGCGCAUGGCGUCCGUCGCAGCUCCUCGAACCGAUCCCACGGCAAUUCGGCAAACAUAGUCACCGACUCAAUAGACUUGUCCAGCAAGUCUUCUCUUCCCGCUACCCAGCGCAACAAUACGUUCGACACCACGGCUUCUACUACCAAUAGCAGUAAUGGCGUCGCCAAUGGCGUCUCCUCUCACAUCACGAGCUCUUCUGCGAGCAACAACCUCACCCUCACAUACCCGGACGACAUCAAUGAGAAAACAAGUCCCCGCGACCUCGAGGAUGUUGCUAUAUCUUCGAAAACUUCGCGGCAGGGGGCUGUCGUAGACGAGGAGGGUGCUUUGAAGAAGAAUCAAACUCCCGAACAGAGGCAGAAACCUGGCGUCUUUGCCCGCUUCUACCUCACGUGUAAAAUGAUCCUGUUCCACAGCUGGGUCAACGUGCUCCUCGUCUUCGUCCCCGUAGGCAUCAUCACAAAAGCCCUCGGCGUGAGCCCCGGCAUCGUCUUCGCAAUGAAUGCCAUCGCCAUCAUUCCACUCGCUGGCCUGCUCAGCCACGCCACCGAGUCCGUCGCCAGCAAGCUUGGUGACACCAUUGGCGCCCUCCUGAACGUGACUUUCGGCAAUGCCGUCGAACUGAUUAUCUUCAUCGCGCUUGUCAAGGAUGAAAUUCGCAUUGUUCAGGCGUCCCUCCUAGGCUCUAUUUUGGCCAACUUGCUGCUCAUUUUGGGCAUGUGCUUCUUCCUCGGUGGCUUGCGCUUCCGAGAGCAGAUCUACAAUAGCACCGUCACGCAGAUGAGUGCUUGUCUGCUUAGUUUGAGUGUCAUCAGUUUGGUGCUUCCUACUGCCUUCCACGCUUCAUUUCAAAACACCUUCAAGGCUGAGGAUGAGACUCUCAAGAUUAGUCGUGGUACCAGUGUGGUCCUCCUAUUGGUAUACAUCUUGUACCUCCUGUUCCAGUUGAAGUCUCAUGCCUACAUGUACGAGUCUACACCGCAACACAUUGUGGAUGCUGAGUCCGCUCCUGGCCCGGCCAUUGGUUUCUUCGACUCUUCCAGUUCUGAAGAUAGCUCCGACUCCGACUCCGAUUCAGAUGCUUCUGACAGCUCUGGAGGCACUGUACGCAAGACAAUGAGAAAGGUCAUGCGCGCCGGUAGAAGGCGCAAGUCUAGUGUGGUUUCUGUCAACACCGACGGUCUCCCCCGUACCCGUAACUCCUCUGUCGGUACAACUCACGGCUCUGAAGGAUCCGCCAGUCGUCCAGCCAUUCCUCGCUUCAACUCUGUCGGUAGCGAUGAGGCCGUUGAGGAAGACAGGUCUCGUAAGCACAGAAAGCAUCGUAGACGUCAUCACAAGCAUCAGAAGAAGUCCAAGAAGGCCUCCCGGAACAACCUUGUCGAUGUUGAAGGCCAUGAGCCUUUGACCAGCAGCGCUCAAGCGGGUGAACCCCGCCGUCUGGACUUUGCCGAUCAACCCGCUGGCCCCUCGGAGCCGACCGAUACCACUCAAGCCGCCAAGAGUCGCCCAGUGUCUGGCCUUCGCGGGCUGUCGAUUAAGAACUUCGCCCCCGCUGUCUUCACCACACCCGACGAGACCCCAUCCGCCGGCCCCGCUGCCCCGGCCGGCCCAGUCCCCCGAGUCCGUUUCGGUAUCCGCCGUACCAACUCCUUGCCUGACCGUCUCAACCAGUAUGGGAACGUUCGCCCCCCCGGAGGAGUAUUCCCCGCCCAGAUUCCUGGUGUCGCAACUGUCAACAGUGGUCUGAGUGCCAAGGACGAGACUGCCGACAAUGAUCACCUAUCCCGCACUGCUGCCGUCCUUCUUCUGCUCUUCUCCACCGCCCUUGUCGCCGUCUGCGCCGAGUUCCUUGUCGACUCCAUUAACGAGGUUGUCAAGACCAGUCCUCUUGGCGAGAUCUUCAUCGGCCUCAUUAUCCUCCCCAUUGUUGGCAACGCAGCAGAGCACGUCACGGCCGUCACUGUCGCUAUGAAGAAUAAGAUGGACCUGGCCAUUGGUGUUGCCGUUGGUAGCUCCAUCCAGAUCGCCCUCUUCAUCACGCCCAUUGUCGUCAUCAUCGGUUGGGCUAUGGACCGCGAUAUGUCGCUGUACUUUACCUUGUUCGAGACAGUCUGCUUGUUCGUUUCAGCUUUCAUUGUCAACUUCCUGGUACUCGACGGAAGGAGCAACUACCUUGAGGGCGCUUUGUUGUGUGCAACAUACAUCAUUAUCGCUGUGGUUGCUUUCUUCUACCCCAACUCGGACGAGGCGAGCUCCUUCGGCGCCUGA